UAACGCAUUGCAUGCCUCAGAAAAUAAAAUAAAAAGAAAUAAUUGAAAGCAAGCGGGGAAGAGUGAGGGCACUAUUGGAAUAUGAGAUGAAUGUUCAGGGGUAAAUACGUCUAAUCAGAAUACAAAGAGGAGAAGGCUAGGGUUCAAGCGAAUGCGUGACAUAUAAAUACGUUUCAUAUCUUCGCCGAAGGUAAAGCAGUCACAGAAUUCAGCAGCCUCUCUCGAAAUCUCGAUCGAAGCGGAACAAUGGGAGUUUUCACUUUCGUGUGCAAGAGCUCCGGCGACGAAUGGUCCGGCAAGCAGCUCUCCGGUGACCUUGAGGCAUCGGCGGGUUCCACCUUCGACCUGCAGAGGAAGCUCGUUCAGGAUGUCCUCGCCACCGAUUCCUCCGGCGGAGUUCGAUCCUCGUUCUCCCUCAUCUCUCCCAGCUCUGCCGUUUUCCAGGUGAUCGUCGGUGGUGCUGUCGGAGGCGGAGGGCUCGCCAGCAGCGGUGGCGGAGGCGGCGGCGGCGCAGGAGCACCAGCAGCUGCCGCAGCGGCACCUGCAGCAGAGGAGAAGAAGAAGGAAGAGGAGAAGGAGGAAAGUGACGAUGAUAUGGGUUUCUCGCUCUUCGAUUAGACUGGGUUACUUGAACAUGUAACAAUGUAUGAGGACAUGGUACAGUUCUUAAACGAAUUUGGGGCAAGUAGACGACCGAGACAACCUAAAGGUGGGAGUGGUGAGGGGGCUGAUUUCGGAAUAUAGCAUAACUAUUGUAAAACAUCUUUUUGAAAAGAGACUAUAUUGAGAAGGACUCGAUGCAAUUGUUUGAGUUGAAUUGCUGUCAUUAGCCAUUAGCAAG